AUGAAGGAUAUUUAUGUCGGGUUAUUAGCAAAUGCGAAUCCAAUAGACUACUAUGACAUGUUUCUAACCCCUAACAUUCUAGAACAUAUCACAGAACAAACCAACUUAUACGCAACACAGUGUCUCUUAUCUUCCGAUUCUUUUGCUGGAUCUAGAAACCACCUAUGGACUCCGGACACUGUGUUCCGGACACUGUGUGACAAAAAGAUACACAUGGCGCUGAGGGUGUUAAGGGACAUACCCAAAAUGAGGGUGACAAUUGCCAUUCUCUGGUUGAAAGAAAAAUUAAAAAGUCCCUUCGUUCAAGUGCGAUAUAUUCACCUGCUCAAACUUUUAACGCCGCUUGAUACCCCACUUGGUUCUAAAAUUCCUGACAUCAGGGAGCUAUCCCGAAUAUUUUCGGGAAAAGGAAGGAGGAUCGGGAACGCGACGGGAUAUAAAUUGAUUAAGACUCAUAUCAAAGAAAUCGAAGUAGAAACCAGGGAGCGGCGAUUGAAAAGAGGUGCCACAUUGGCACGGACAUCUCAUCAGCGCCGUGACAAAAACCCGAGCAGAGCUUACGGGAAGAUUAAAUACCUAAACCGGGAUAGCUCGGGAACGACAACUUCUCAAGAAAAGCAGCCCGAGCAGAGCUUAUGGCCCACCCAGCCGCAAUCCGUACCUACGUCUCCAACGGUAAGGAAGAGUAUAGACAAGUGGGAAACAGUGUCCCAAACGAAAAAAGUAAAGCCAUACAAAAAUAAAACCAUAGAAACAGCAGCACUCCAACAGAGUGCCCUUCUUCAGUUAGGUUCCGCUAGAACACUAAAAGGCGAGAUAAAGACAGCAGUCACCACAGCGGUGAAAAGACUUUUUACCCUAGUGACGGAGGCGGAAACUGAAAACAGGACGACAGACGAGAAGGAAUCGAACAAAACGUUUACGGUAACGAGAAGCUCGCCCAAGAAUAAAAGACAAGUGGACGAGUUGUAA